ACGACUUGGUUCAUUAUACGACCAUGAAACCUCACCAGCACCGCUGAUGCUAGUUUCGCACGUGUCUAAUGUUCUGGGGGUGACAAUAGUGCUGCGAAUUCACAGCUCGAGGUUGGUGAAAUCGCAAUAGGUUUCACUCUUCUACUUCGAUCGACUGCGUGAUGGUUCCUUCUGCCGUUGUUCUGGAGAGUGCACUCACAGCACUUCUUGUAUUAUUAAAACGAUCCUCCACUUUCUGGUUUAGAUAUCGUCGCCAUUCAUCGCUCAAAAACGCAACUCAGCCCUAGUCAACAGUAUCACCGUACCUGACAAGAACAUACCUACAGCUCUGAGAAUGGUAUACCCAGAACAGUGGCAGCAACAGGAUGAAUGGGCCCGUCAGUAUGCACACCAGGUAUUUCCAGAACAGCAGCAGCAGCAGCAGCAGCAGCGUUCACAGCAACAGCACAGUGCAUUCACUUAUCAACAUCCGCCUCAAAUAUUCCUAGUACAACAAACGCAACAGCAGCAAAAUGCAUGGGGUCACCAUCUUGCUCCAAGCCCUCCUCACAAUACGGGAACAAGCGCCGCGUGGGCUCGUCAGUACGCACCACAUGUGAUUCCAGAGCAGCAACGGCAGAACCCUUGGAGUCAUCAGUGUGCACCACAUGUAUCCACAGAGCAGCAGCAGCAACCACGUGCAGUAUAUGGUUCGUAUGCACAACAGCCCUCUCCCAACAUGGGUAUAAAUACACCUACCCCCAGUCCAGCGACCUAUAGCAACGACCACUUCUACGGAGAAGGCUAUCUCAACUUGGGUCAACAUAGCUACUACAACGGUCAGACUGUACCAACUAUGCCCGCAACGUUCGCACCUCAACUACAAAACAACGUUACUCAGCGAAACUUCAUCGCAGCACCACCUCCUGAUCAAGGCUUAACAGCCCCUGCACUUGACCCUCACCCGUCCGACAUAGUCAAUUCCCUCAGUCAAGCAAUGAAUCAAACGCCGCCGCAGGACUGGCACUGUCCCAAAGAUGAUGCGACGCUUCCAGCAACAGACGAGGACCGUGAGCGGUGGGUUCAAAUGCUUCUCAACGCCAUGAACAAUCUCGAUGGUAUCGAAGGUAACCAAGGCCGAAAGAACCAAAACUCGUUGCAGAAGCGUUGGCGUGGGCCUCUAACAGGGCCUGAUUACUACCUGCCUGUAGACAAGUUGAUCCUCUGUUGGACAAUCGAAGAUCUGGCAGAGCGUUUGCACCGCUUAGGACCUUCCGUAUUCCAUUCGUUCGACGCCAAUUUCUGGCACCAGGCUGCAAAAACACGUAACUGGACUUUUGAGGAUCGUAUGACGUGGAUCAUAGAAUUGCUUAGGGUGUCGAAGACCAGAUGCGAUAGCUUGUUGGGUGGUAGCGGUUUGCAGGGUAUUGUCGCCAACCCAGCUGAGAAACUUGAUGUUACCAGAGCACAGGCAAAACAGAACGAGAAGCGUGGUGAGACUCUGAAACUUGGCCGCGCGAUCAAGAAGCAGAAGACUGAUCGAGUAACUUAGAGGCAGAAGGAGGGCGAAUGGUGGCAUCACCACGGUAGUAUCCAUUGGGAGAACGUAGGCUUCUGCUCAAAUCAUAACUCGGUGGUCGCGUAGUUGAUUGAUCAUGUCUGACACAAUGGGCUAAUUCUGUGAGUAGUGGACUUAUCCUUCGGUGACCAUUCUCUACGUCGUAGCGAUUAAUGAACACCUUUCCUCUUUGAAAGUACGCCAGUGAAGUAGAUCCAGUCGUGAUCUCA